AUGUCGAUGAAUUCAGCAUAUUGGUGUUACAGUUGCAACCGAUUUGUUAGGGUUUUGACACAAGAUUCGAUUGCUUGCCCUGAUUGCAACGGCGGGUUUGUAGAAGAAAGCGAGAAUUCGACCCGGUCUUCGCUGUCUGACUCCCGCAGACGGCGUUUUCCAGCCGCCUCUAUGUACAUGAUGCGGAAUCCGGGCUCGGGACCCGCGUCGGGUCCAAGUUCGGCUUCCAGCCCGAGGCUUAGGAGGAACCGGAGAAAUGGGGGUGAUAGGUCACCGUUCAACCCGGUGAUUGUCCUCCGUGGGCCCAAUGAUGGUGGAGGCGGUGCCACAGCCGGCGGUGGAUUUGAACUGUAUUAUGAUGAUGGUGCCGGUUCGGGUUUACGUCCCUUACCCGCUAGUAUGUCGGAGUUUCUACUUGGGUCGGGUUUUGACAGAUUGCUGGAUCAAUUGGCCCAAAUUGAGGCGAAUGGUAUUGGGAGAAUUAACAGUAAUCCUCCUGCAUCAAAAGCGGCAAUUGAAUCGAUGCCCACGGUUGAGAUUGUUGAUCAACAUAUAGCCAUUGAAUCGCACUGUGCUGUUUGUAAAGAGGCCUUUGACUUGGGUAGUGAAGCUCGGGAAAUGCCCUGCAACCAUUUAUAUCAUCAAGAAUGCAUAUUGCCAUGGCUUUCAUUGCGAAAUUCAUGUCCUGUUUGUCGACACGAAUUACCAACGGAUGAUGAGAGUACUAACUAUCAUCGCGAUACAACUCCAGUAAAUAGAGGAGGGAACGAGAUUGUGAAUGAUGAUGAUGAGACCGUUGGACUUACUAUAUGGAGGUUGCCAGGAGGUGGAUUCGCCGUUGGAAGGUUUAUGGGAGGGAGGAGAGGUGGGGAGAGAGAGUUGCCUGUUGUAUACACGGAGAUGGAUGGUGGAUUUAACCAUAAUGGGGUUCCGAGGAGGAUUUCAUGGGGGUCGAAUGGGAGUGUUUCACGGGAUAGAGGUGGGCUGAGGAGAGUUCUCCGUGGUUUGUUAUCUUGUUUUGGCAGGAAUCAAUCAUCCACUUCUAGUUCUAGUUCUAGUUUGGAUUCUAGAAUAAGUCGCAGGAGUAGUUUCAGCUCCACAUCAAGACGCCGUAGAGGAUGGGGAUUUGAGGUCAAUGAAGGAAAUGACAGUAGAUGGUGA